CUAAGCCCUCAGCUGAGAUCGAUCGAUCGAUCGAUCGUUUCAGCUCUGCAAGCUUUCACAUUUCUCUCGCCCCGUCAUCCAAGGUUCGAUUCGAUAGACCCCGUCAUCCAAGGUUCACCUGACCAUGGUUGCGGUGGAGGCAGCGGCGGCGCCGCGCAGGCGGUUCGCGCUGCUGAUGGCGGCGCGCGACUCCGAGUACGUGCUCAAGAAGUACGGCGGCUACCUGCAUGUCUUCGUGGCGGCGUUCGGCGGCGCCGGUGAGGCGUGGGACCUGUACCGGGCCGUCGACGGGGAGCUCCCGGCGGCGGAGGACCUCGGGGCCUACGACGGCUUCGUGAUCAGCGGCAGCCCGCACGACGCGUACGGCGACGACCUCUGGAUCCUCCGCCUGUGCGCCCUCGUCCGGGAGCUCCACGCCACGCGCAAGCGCGUCCUCGGCGUCUGCUUCGGCCACCAGGUGAUCUGCCGCGCGCUGGGCGGGCGCGUGGGCAGGGCCCGCGCCGGCUGGGACGUCGGCGUCAGGGAGGUGGCCAUCGCUGACGCCGCCGCGGCGGCGGCGCCGUGCCGGUUCCUCGACGCGCUGCGCGAGCGCGGCGAGCUGCCGCGCCGCGCCAAGAUCACCGAGGUCCACCAGGACGAGGUGUGGGAGGUGCCGGAGGGCGCGGCGGUGCUGGCCUCCUCCGACAGGACGGGCGUUGAGAUGUUCCGCGUCGGCGAGCACGUGCUGGGCAUCCAGGGCCACCCGGAGUACACCAAGGACAUCCUCCUCAGCCUCGUCGACCGCCUGCUCGCCGCCGGAUCCAUCACCGUGCCGUUCGCCGAGGCCGUGAGGAGGCAGCUGGAGGCCACUGCGCCGGACAGGGAGUUCUGGCUCAGGCUCUGCAAGAGCUUCCUCAAAGCUGACGAAGAUCAUCAGGUCUGCAUGUGAUUUGGGUCCAUGUGGCAUCUACUCGCGUGGUGUUUGCGACAGUUUUGUAAAGGUAGAGAUGUAUGAGAAUGCCCUGUUUCGGGAUCAAUUUGUUCGGAGCCAAGUUUAUGAUGACAGAGUGCAUGCUAAUGUAAAUAAUACUUGGAAAUUUGAGGUUAAAUUUGAAUAAGAGACUGGUUGG